CAUGAUGGCGGGAAAGAGGGAGGAAGAAGGAGGAGGAAGGAAGGAGGAAGGAGGAGGCAUUUUGCUGUCAGCAUCACACUCUCACAGGCGGGCUGCUCGCUCGGUCGCGGGGCUGCAGGACUUCUUUAGCGGCUCGUCGAGGCGGCAAGGAGGCUUCCCAAAGGCGGACGUCAUGCACAUGUUGUGGAUAUGGACGCUGAUGGCGGCUCGUGUGCAGGUUCUGGUCCUGGGCCAGGACAAUCAGGGCGGGCCGCCAUGCGUGAGGGGCUUCUCGCGGGAGGAAUACGUCAUGGAGACGCAGCGAGAGCUGGCAGAGGGACAGGCCGUCGUCAACGUGAGCUUCCGGGACUGCGGCCGGAAGGUGUGGCUCGACGGCGACGACGCGUCCGGUCUCCACGCCAGCCAGGCGGGCGUGGUCUACACGCUGCGCCACGUGGAGGCGGGAGAGACGGUCGCGGCCAUCUACGCCCGAGACCUGCAGACCAAGCAGACCUGGAAGGCCCGAGUGCGCCUCGUGGUCCAUGCAGACCUGAAGGGACCUGGGCAGGUGAAGCCCGGUGAUGCAACACUGACUCAGCGGGCACCAGAGAUCUUGUUUCCAUGGCGCAGCGUGGUUGUCGGGGGCAAUGGCGGGCUGAGGCGAGUGAAGAGGGACUGGGUCAUUCCGCCCAUCAACGUCCCGGAGAACUCGCGCGGACAGUUCCCCGAGGACCUUGUCAGAAUCCGGUCGGACCGGGACAAGAACUGGAUGCUGCGUUACAGCGUGACGGGGCCCGGCGCUGACCAGCCACCGACCGGCAUCUUCAUCAUCGACUCCAUCUCCGGUCAGCUGUCCGUCACCAAGCCUCUGGACAGGGAACACAUCCCCAACUUCCACUUGCGCGCCCACGCCGUGGACCUAAACGGCAACCAGGUGGAGACCCCCGUGGAAAUCCACAUCAACGUCAUCGACCAGAACGACAACAGGCCCGAGUUCACGCACACCAUCUUCAACGGCUCGGUGCCCGAGGGAUCCAAGCCAGGGACCUUCGUGAUGACGGUGACGUCCGUGGACAAGGACGACCCCAAGACGGCCAACGGGAUGCUGCGAUACAAGAUCCUGUCUCAGAGUCCCCAGAGUCCGUCGUCCAACAUGUUCACCAUCAACAACAAGACUGGUGACAUCAUCACUGUGGCAGCAGGCCUGGACCGGGAGAAAGUGUCCCAGUACACGCUGAUCAUCCAGGCCACCGACAUGGAGGGCAACCCCACCUACGGCCUGUCCAACACCGCCACCACCCUCAUCAGGAUCACCGACGUCAACGACAACGCCCCCGAGUUCACCACCGACACGUUCUUCGGCGAGGUCCACGAGAACCUGGUGAACGUGAUCGUCACCAACCUGACGGUGACGGACAAGGACCAGCCGCACUCCUCGGCCUGGAACGCCGUCUACCGCAUCGUGAACGGAGACCCCAGCGGGCGCUUCUCCAUCCCUACAGACCCCACCACCAACGAGGGCCUGCUCACGGUGGUCAAGCCCAUCGACUUUGAGGUGACGCGCUCCUUCGUGCUGAUGGUGGAGGCGGAGAACGAGGCCCCGCUGGCGCGCGGCAUCCAUCAGCCGCGCCAGUCCACGGCCACCGUCUCCAUCCGCAUCCUGGACCUCAACGAGAGCCCGGAGUUCAGCCCCAAUCCCAAACCCAUCAAGCUGGACGAGGGCUUGCCCGCCGGCUCCCUGCUGACCAGCUUCAUCGCGCAGGACCCGGACCGCUUCAUGAGGCAGACCAUCCGGUACUCCAAGCUGUACGACCCCGCCAACUGGCUGGAGAUGGACUCGGUCAACGGUCGGAUCUCCACCAUCGCCGUCCUGGACCGCGAGUCCCCGUACGUCAAGAACAACCUCUACAACGUCACCUUCAUGGCCUCCGACAACGGUGUGCCGCCGGCCAGCGGGACGGGCACCCUGCAGAUGUACCUGCUGGACAUCAACGACAACGCGCCGCACGUCUUCCCGCCAGAGGUGGAGAUGUGCGAGAAGCCCGACCCCAGCGGCGUCAACGUCACCGCCACCGACCCCGACCUGAGCCCCAACGCCGGACCCUUCGCCUUCGAGCUGCCCGCCCGCCCCUCGGACGUGCGGCGCAACUGGACGCUCGCUCGCCUCAGCGGCGAGCGGGCCCAGCUCCGCCUGCGCACCGGCUCCCUCGCCAACGGCAUCUACGAGGUCCCCAUCACCAUCACCGACUCCGGCAACCUGCCCAUGUCCAACACAUCCUACCUGAGGAUCAAGGUGUGCCAGUGCGAUCACCAUGGCGACUGCGUGGACAUGCAGCGCAUCAUGGCCGCCGGCCUGGGAAUGGGCGCCAUCAUCGGCAUCCUUAUCUGUAUCAUCAUACUGCUAGUGCUGGUGCUGCUGUUUGGCGUGUGGAUGAAGAGGCGGGACAAGGAGCGUCAGGCCAAGCAGCUCCUCAUCGACCCCGAGGACGACGUGAGGGACAACAUCCUCAAGUACGAUGAGGAGGGCGGCGGGGAGGAAGACCAGGACUACGACCUGAGCCAGCUGCAGCAGCCGGACUCUCUGGAGCCCGAGUGUGUGAAGGUGGGCAUCAGACGCCUGGACGAGAGGCCCCUCCACCAUGACCACCAGUACCCCAUGCGCUCUGCGGCCCCCCACCCCGGAGACAUCGGGGACUUCAUCCACGAGGGCCUGAAGGCGGCAGACAACGACCCCACGGCGCCGCCCUACGACUCCCUGCUGGUGUUCGACUACGAGGGCAGCGGCUCCACGGCCGGCUCGCUCAGCAGCCUGCACUCGUCCUCCAGCUGCGGCGACCAGGACUACGACUACCUCGGCGACUGGGGGCCGCGCUUCCGUAAGCUGGCCGACCUGUACGGCGGUGGCGACGACUAGCGCUCCGGCUGGCGGCUGGCGUUUUCAGCGGUGGGGUGAUUUUUUUUUUUGGUUUAUUUCUUUUGGGGUGAAGACAGCAGCACUUCUUCUGUUUCAGCGCCAGAAACGGCUUCUAAAGACUCGCCGAGCGUCCGGGAGCUAUCAUGGCGGCGAGGGCGAGCUUAGCGGCGUGAUGGAGGACGCUCACUUACACUUGAAUCUCACAGGACACCAACACUGAGGUCAAAUGUGCCUUUAUGUACAUUGUUAUGUACAUUGUUGGCUCCUCUUUCUCUCUUGCUUUUACGCUCCCAGCAAGCCCAGGGCCAUCAUAGUGUGUGUGCGUGUGUGUGUGUGUGUGUGUGUGUGUGUGUGUGUGUGUGUGUGUGUGUGUGUGUGUGUGUGUGUGUGUGUGUGUGUGUGUGUGUGUGUGUGUGUGUGUGUGUGUGCGUGCAAAAGGUGAGGAGGGAAAAAACAUGUUUUCUAAGGUUAAAGUACAACAUUAAAAACACUCCAUGCCAUUUUUAGCUGCGAAACAGCGUCAAUCGGGGGUGUACCAACUUUUCCCGCCAAAAGCUAAAGUAUGCCGCGGGGGCGUUUUGAUAUUUUAUUUUGGAAAAAAAUAAGAUGCAGAAAACAGAUGUCGCAUUUAGACGGAUGGCAUACAUUUAAAGACAAAAUAAUUGUAUUAUUAUGGUGUGUUAUUUUGUUGGACUGAUGCAUAAAAGAAGAAAUGUUAUCAUUAGUUAUUGCAGGGGGGUCCAAAGUGCGGCCAGGGGGGGCGGCAUUUGCGGACCAAAGCUGGAGUUUGUUUUGAAAUGUAAGAAAAAGAGAGCAAAAAAGACAUAAUGUGAUGAGAAAAAGCAGAAACUUAACUAAUGAUAAUGCAAUCUGUCACUUGUAGUACAUUUUUUGCCAAGUCAAAAAUAUCCAAAAGUCCACAUAGACUGCUUAGACUUUCAGAUUUGAUGUCAAAUUUUCAUCUUUUUGUCGUUACAUUGUAACAUUUUGCUGGUUUUUUGUAACAUUUUUACGUUUUUUUUUUUGGAGGGGGGGUUUCGACAAUAUUGUGCGAGCCAACAAAACUCCAGCUGCGUGCCGCAAAUGGCCCCCGUGCCGCACUUUAGACACGCCUGCCUUAAGUACUAAAAGUCAUUGUAGGCGGGACAUUUAUUCAAUAAUUAUUCAAACGAGGCUGUUGCUUCUGAAAUGUGAAAAAACUCAUA